AUGUUCCCAUUCUAUGUGUACGUCAAUAGAGUGAAUCGAGAACGAGAUAAAAAUACGUUGCUAUUUCCACUAAUUGAUCAUUUUUAUGGAAUGAUGAAAAAGACACAGGCAAUAUACUGUUUCCUAUGGUUCUUCAUGUUCUUCUUAUUUGAGAAAAUUGAAGAUUUUGGAAAACAAAAAAAACCUAUUUCCACGUACCUGAUGUACGGGAUUCCAUUAGCUGCCCUUUGUUUAUGCGUGCUUGCUAUGUUAGUCUUUACUCACGUUUUCCAAUUUUUCUUAACAAUCAUGGCCGUUCAAAAAUUCCUUCUCUAUUUCUACCCAUCCUCUCAAAAAUACAUAGUUUUAUCUAGCAAGAACAUGCACUAUUUCAUUCGAUAUGUCUACUACUUGUUCAUUUCUAAAGACGUUAUCAGUAGAAUUUUAUUUUUUUUUAAUUCGAAAAAGCUACUACAAAAGGAUGAAAAAGGCACUGAACUCGUAUGGCUAGCUAUUGAUUUUGAUGUGAUAUGUUUCGCUACACUUAAUAUAUCUUUCUUUAUUUCUGCUCUUCUGUACAUCCCUAUAUUGAUAAGUGUUCAAAAGAAGUCCCAUCUGAGAUCAGUUCAGGAAUCGAAACCUCAAAUUUACAUUUUCUCGCAAACAAUUACUGUUUUGGUUGUAAAAAUGAUAUCUUACCUGACUUGUAACAGACAAAAUGUUAUCACUCUAUUUGCUUCAUUCAAAGGAAUGAAACUCGUUAAAGAAUUAAUAAAACCUGAAGCAACAACGAGAGUGAGUCCAGAUCCAGGGAGACACAGGAUUUGA